GUGAAAUGAUUGUAUCCUCAUCAAGAUAUCAUGUGCAGGAGUCCUCGAAAUCCAUGUACGAGACGAAGAUGACAAUGAUUGUGCGUAAAUUCCAAAAAGAUGAUGUCGGCUCAUACCGUUGCAUAGCGAAGAACUCACUCGAAAUUCCCGGUCCGAAUCGUAAAAAUCCAGCGGGCAAACAUGCCGGUGGCAGCAACGAUGCAGACACCAAUGACGUGCUAAAAAUGAAGCAAGUCAAAGUCACAUAUCAGCCAGACGACGAAGACCUAUACGGCUCAGCGGAGGAUUUCGAUGACAGCGAAUUACCGUCGCCGCCGUUAACGCCAAACAUCUACUACGCGAAUGGUCAGAAGUCGGCGACACAUCGGCCGGCCAUGUCCGGCGCCGGCGCCGGCACUGGCAUCGGUGGAGGUAGCGGCGGGCAACUCGCCUCGGCUGGUGGUGCAUCAGACGGUCGCCAUCACCAUCAUAAUUCAGGUGGUGUCGGCGGCGGUGGUGGUGGUGGUGGCAUUGGAUCGGUCGGUGGCAUUGCCAAUCUCGAUUUCGGCAAUCUGGGUGCCACAAGCGGCGGCGGCAUUAGCAUUAGUAGCGGUUUCGCGGUGGCGUACUUUGGUAGCAUAGCGCGCAAGCCUCCGUUUUAUGACAGCUUUGUCGGCAUGUUUGGCAGCAAAACGGAAGUGCGCGACGCAGUGGAGAAUAACGAGCUGCGAUCGGCGGUGGCGCGGACACAACAAGUGGGGCGCUUUGCGUCG